AUGGCCCCUCCUACUCCCACCUCUAACCCUUUCGCCGCCAUGAGGAACUUUGGUGGUAUGGUGUCGUCUGCUCUUUCCUUCGGCGACAGGUCUCGCCAAGUCUCCUCCCUCGGCCUCGGCACCCUCUCUUUGGGGGAGCCGUCUGGCGAUGUCCCGCCUCCUCGCUCCGCUUCUCCUCCCGCCGGUCCUCCCGCUGGUUCUCCCUCUGCUUCUCCUCCUGCUGGUUCUCCCUCUGCCUCUCCUCCUCCUGGUUCUCGCUCCGCUUCCCCUCCUGCCGGUUCUCGCUCCGCUUCUCCUCCUGCUGGUUCCCGCUCGGCUUCUCCUCCUGCCGCCACCCCUCGCCGCAGGACGCCCGCCUUUCGUCGUGGAGACUCCCCGUCCUCCUCCGACCAGGAGCCGCUCAGUGGUUCAGAGUCGGACGAUCAGUCAGACUCCGAAGGAAAUGGGGGUGAUGAUGAUGAUGAGGAUGAUAGAAUCGUGUCGGAGGGUGAAAGCGAGUUAGAGGAACACUCGGAUGAUGAUAUGGUGGCGGUUAGUGUAGAGGACAACGAUGGUGAUAGUCCUGAGUUCGUUCGCGUUUCCCCCCCUGCCCAAAUCGUGGGCCAGAAACGACCUCGUGCCCUCUCCUCCUCUUCCUCUUCUUCUUCUUCUUCUUCCGGGGUUCUCCCCCCCGCCAACGCCAUCGCCGCCGCUGCCGCCGCCGCUGCCUCUGCUGCUGCUCGCCGCCCUGUUGCCGCUCCUGUCGCCGCCGCUGCUGCUGCUGCUCCCCUCUCUUCUCCCCGAGGGGAGCCUUCGCCCAAACGGGCGAAGAGGUCAUUGCGUGAAGAAGAGUAUUUGUGGAAUAAGUUGAAGUCUGAGCCUGGUCGUUGGGUGGCGGUUGGUGUCGAUGAGGCGUGCGAUCGGUGCUGGUCCCUCUGCUCCCCGGUUGUCCCUCUUCCACCCUCGUAUCUCCCUGGACGUCCGUAUUCCUGA